AUGGGACUAGAUUUGCUGCAGUCACACCAUGUGGUUAAACAGAGCUGGAGCCGACGCAGGACCCCGACCCCCAGUCAGGCCCUCAACCUUGCUCUAUGUGGCUUGUCUGGUGAGGAGGUCAAGAAGAAGGACUUUGGGCUGCCCACAGAUUCAGGUUCUUCUGUGAGGCCCAAACGGAGAGGCAGCCCAGCUUUGGAGCGCUGCGUCUCUUUGGUGUGGCCUGGAGACGCCCCCCAGGGCCCUGUGCCCUUUCCCAUCUCUUCCUCUGUCUCCACAGAUUUGUCCUGUGAUGCCGCUGCUGCUACCAUCCUAAGUGGGGACCAGCUGGAACACUGCACCACACCUCCAGGGUCCAAUCCUCUGGCCGUCACGUUCCUGCCCAGCAAGCCGGGUGCCCGGCCCCAGCCUGAGGGAGCUAGCUGGGAUGCAGGGCCAGGCCAGGCCCCGUUGGCCUGGGCACUUCCAGCAGAGGGCAGCCCCAUCCCAGUGUCUCCUGAGGGCCAGCCAGCGGAGGCGCCCCUCCCAGCCACUUUGGAGCCACGGAUUGUGAUGGGCGAGGAGACCUGCAGGCUUCCCACGCUGCCCAGGGCAGCCGCCCCAGAGCUCAGGGACUGGGCAGGUGGGCACGCCAACCUGAACCCACCCUCUGAGUUAUGUUCUCAGGGUGACCCUCCUGUGCCUUUCCCUCACCCAGAGCCUGAUUCCUUCUUCACGCCCCCCUCAACCCCUCCGCAGACCACCUGUGCCCUGCCUCCAGGCCUUGGGCCCUGCAUGGAGGCCUGUGACUCUGAGGCAGAGCUGCUUGACUCACCGCCCACCUCGCCCUCGGGCUCUUACAUCACAGCAGAUGGGGACAGCUGGGCUUCCUCCCCAUCCUGCUCCUUCAACAUGCUGGCCCCAGCAGAAGGGCUGGACCUCCACUCGGGCUGGGGCUUCUCUCCUCCAGGCACCAUGGCUGGGGAGCGGGAGCCUCAUGCCGCGGGGCCCCCGGGCCCCCACUCCUCCGCGUCCAGCCUCUCAGGUGACAGCAGUUCUUCCUGGGGCCAGGAGGAGAACCUCUUUGACCUUGACUUUCUGGCAAAUGACCCAAUGAUCCCUGCAGCCCUCCUGCCCUUCCAGGGCAGCCUCAUUUUCCAGGUGGAUGCAGUGGAGGUCCUGCUGCUGCCCACCCCGGAGGAAGAGAAGGUGGAGGCCAAGGCUCCUGGCUCAGCUGGAGACCUGAGUGGGGAGGGCGAGGAGGACAGCACUUCCGCUUCCUUCCUGCAGUCACUGUCAGACACCUCCAUCAUUGAGGGCGUGGAUGAGGCCUUCGCAUUCCGGGAUGACACCUCGGCGGCCUCCUCCGACUCGGACUCAGCCUCCUAUGCUGGGGCAGAUGACGAGAGGCUGUACAGUGGGGAGCCGCAUGCCCAGCCCAGCACCCUGCUCCAGGACAGCAGGUGCAAGGUCGAGGAGAGGCAAGAGGACUGGGCCCCAUCUUUGGGCCAGCAGGAGCCCAUGCCCGUGGUCUCGAAAGGAGAGGUUGUGGAAAUAAUGGCGACCCAGGUGCCAUGUGGUGAGGAGGGCUUCCUUUCAGGCCAGGAGGCAGCCACCGCAGUAAUACCUCACAAUUGGCAGGCAGAAGCAGGUCCUGGUGUGGGCCCAGAGCCAGCUGCCGUAGGCCUGCCUCCGCUUGAGGAAGAAAUGGCAGACUCCUCUGUAGGGCAAGAGGAUGCUGCCAGGGUAACACCUCCACUCCUGCCAGAAGAAGGCCUCACCUUAGGCGAGGUUUCUAUGGCAGCACCUCUGACCUUACAGGAGGAAGUGAGUGCUACCUUAGGCCAUGAGACUACUGCUACAGAAAUGCCGCAAACCCUGAAGGAAGAAGUCAGCCUCGUUCCAUGCCCAGAUUCGCUUGCUAUGUCAGUGACUCUUCAGAAUGAAAAGGAGGAGGUAGGCCCAGGCCUCACCUCAGGUCGGGGGUCUGUUGCUACAGCAACACCUGUGCCCCUGUAUGAAGGAUGCAUUUUAUGCCAGGAGUCUGUUUCUAUGACAACUCCUGUGACCCUGCAAAGAAAAGCCAGCCUCACUUUACACCGGGAAUCUGUUUCUAUGGCAACACCUCUUCCCCUGCAAAAAGCAGCAGCCCUUCCCUUAGGCCAGGAGCCUGUUGCUAUGGCAACCCCUCAGGCCCUGCAGGAAGAAGUAGGCUGCCCCCUAGGGACAGCGCCUGCUGCUUCGGAGGCAGCUCUGGCCCAGCCUGAAGUAGGUGCGGCCUUAGGACUGAUGUCUGCUUCUGAGUUAGUGGCUGUGGCAAAGCCAUCGACUACAGAGCCAGAAGCAGAACCUGUAGCCUUGGACCAGACCCAACAAGAUGGAGUAGGCCCUGCCUUAGACCUGGAGCCGGUGCCAGAAACUGUGACCCCCAUGGCCUCAGGGAAAGAUGCAGAUCUUACCUCAGAGCCUGUACCUGGCAGGGGGAAGGGGCAGGAAGCAGCCAGGGGGCUCUCGGGGCCUGAGCCAGGGACUGGCAGUGGCUUACAGCACAAAGAUGAUGGGGCUGGGGGGCUUGAGAGCCAGGGGGAUGAAGGCCUCCCUGCGCGGACCUCAGGUUCUGGAAAGGCCCUGGGUAGUAGCAGCUGGAUGGUGGAUCUGGCCAUCAGCCCCGAGCUCUGCCAGAAAAGGGAGCCUGGGCUGCCUGCAGCCAUGGCCUCAGAGGCUGGGCUUGACUCCAGCCCAGAGCCUUCAGCAGGGGCUGUGCUCGGGCCUUCUGGCAGGGGCUGCCCUGGAGAACCCAUGUCUGCUACAACACCCCCAGCCCCCUCCUGGGUGCCAGAGCUUGGGGCUGGGGCGGGCCUCCAAGCCCUCCAGCCCCACCUGGGCAUGGAGGAGCAGGCCCAAGCGGCUUCCACCCAUCUCAGCCACUCCCCCUGCCAGUCCCAAGGUCCCUAUGCCCAGGAGUUGCCCACCGAAGUCCUUGACAGGUCCCAGCUCACCGAGGCCCACGACAGGUCCCCGCCCGCCGAGGACCACGACACAUCACCACCCAGCGAGGCCCACGACAGGUCCCCGCCCAGCGAGGCCCAGGACACGUCCCCGCCCAGCGACGACCACGACACGUCCCUGCCCAGCGAUGACCACGACACGUCCCUGCCCAGCGAUGACCACGACAUGUCCCUGCCCAGCGAGGCCCGGGAAACGUCCCCGCCCAGCAAGGCCCACGGCACGUCCCCGCCCAGCGAGGCCCACGACACGUCCCCACCCAGCCACGACCACGACACGUCCCCGUCCAGCGAGGACCACGACACGUCCCCACCCACCGAGGCCUGGGACACGUCCCCACCCAGCGAGGCCCACGACACAUCCCUGCCCAGCCACGACCACGACACGUCCCCGCCCAGCGAGGCCCACGACACGUCCCCGUCCAGCGAGGACCACGACACGUCCCCGCCCAGCGAGGACCACGACACGUCCCCGCCCAGCGAGGCCCACGACACGUCCCCGUCCAGCGAGGCCCACGACACGUCCCCGCCCAGCGAUGACCACGACACGUCCCCGUCCAGCGAGGCCCACGACACGUCCCCGCCCAGCGAGGCCCGGGACACCUCCCCGCCCAGCGAGGCCCACGACACGUCCCCGCCCAGAGAGGCCCACGACACCUCCCCGCCCAGGGAGGCCCGGGACACGUCCCUGCCCAGCGAGGCCCAUGACACCUCCCCGCCCAGCGAAGCCCGGGACACGUCCCCGCCCAGCGAGGCCCACGACACCUCCCCGCCCAGCGAGGCCCGGGACACCUCCCCACACAGCGAGGCCCGGGACACGUCCCCACCCAGCGAGGCCCAAGACACCUCCCUGCACAGCGAGGCCCGGGACACGUCCCCACCCAGCGAGGCCCACGACACCUCCCCGCACAGCGAGGCACACGACACGGCCCCGCCCAGCGAGGCCCAUGACACCUCCCCGCACAGUGAGGCCCGGGACACGUCCCCACCCAGCGAGGCCCACGACACGUCCCCGCCCAGCGAGGCACAUGACACGGCCCCGCCCAGCGAGGCCCAUGACACCUCCCCGCACAACGAGGCCCGGGACACGUCCCCACCCAGCGAGGCCCACGACACGUCCCCGCCCAGCGAGGCACACGACACGGCCCCGCCCAGCGAGGCCCAUGACACCUCCCCGCACAACGAGGCCCGGGACACGUCCCCACCCAGCGAGGCCCAUGACACCUCCCCACACAGUGAAGCCCAGGACACGUCCCCGCCCAGCGAGGCACACGACACGGCCCCGCCCAGCGAGGCCCAUGACACCUCCCCGCACAGCGAGACCCGGGACACGUCCCCACCCAGCGAGGCCCACGACACCUCCCCGCACAGCGAAGCCCGGGACACGUCCCCGCCCAGCCAGGCCCGGGACACGUCCCCGCCCAGCCACGACCACGACACGUCCCCGUCCAGCGAGGACCACGACACGUCCCCGCCCAGCGAGGCCCGGCACACGUCCCCGCCCAGCGAGGCCCACGACACGUCCCCGCCCAGCGAGGCCCACGACACGUCCCCGCCCAGCGAGGCCCACGACACGUCCCCGCCCAGCGAGGCCCACGACACCUCCCCGCCCAGCGAGGCCCACGACACGUCCCCGCCCAGCGAGGCCCACGACACCUCCCCGCCCAGCGAGGCCCAUGACACGUCCCCGCCCAGCGAGGCCCGGGACACGUCCCAGUACCCCGACGCCUCUUUGCCUGGUUUCCUGGCUGGGGCAGCCCCUAUCCCCUGCCUUUGUCAGGGGUUCAGAGAAGACUGCAGGGACAAGGGGCCCCCAGGCCUGCCAGGCCUCCAGCAGCUUGGCACAGAUGCUCCUCCAGCAGCAGCUGCCGUCUCAGGAAACCCGGUGCCUCCUGGGGCUGGGCAGCAGGCUGGCCUCUCGUGCCCCUCGCCCCCGCUCAGCCCCAAGGCAGCCCCCAUGGGGGGCCCCCAUGCCAAAGCCCUGGCCGCUCAUAUCUGCGCCCCCUGCCAAGUGCCUCCGUGCUCGGGGCUCUGCCCCCCAGCCAGUCCCCUGGGGCUCUCAGCCCCUGAGCAGCAAGAGGACCAGGACAGCCUUGAGGAAGACUCCUUUCGGGCUCCAGGUUCGGGCCAGCACUCGGACAGCCAUGCGGAGUCAUCAGCCCCCGAGAUGGAGGAGCAGGACCUUGCAGCCCCUCGGACAUCGCGGUGCCCACCCCAGGCCCCAACGGUAGGCAGCAGUGAAGAGACCAUCGCUAAAGCCAAGCAGAGCCGCAGUGAGAAGAAGGCCCGAAAGGCUAUGUCUAAACUGGGCUUGCGGCAGAUUCAGGGCGUCACCAGGAUCACCAUCCAGAAGUCCAAGAACAUCCUCUUUGUUAUCAGCAAGCCUGAUGUCUUCAAGAGCCCAGCCUCUGACACCUAUGUGGUCUUCGGCGAGGCAAAAAUUGAGGACCUCUCUCAGCAAGUGCACAAAGCUGCAGCAGAGAAGUUCAAGGUGCCCGCUGAGCCCUCAGCCAGUGCGUCUGAGUCAGCUCCAGGGCUGCGGGCGACACCGGAGUGCCAGGAGGAGGAGGAGGAGGAAGAGGAGGAGGUGGACGAGACAGGGCUGGAGCUUCGGGACAUUGAGCUGGUGAUGGCCCAGGCCAAUGUGUCGAGGGCCAAGGCUGUGCGGGCCCUGAGAGACAACCACAGUGACAUCGUCAAUGCCAUCAUGGUGAGCGACCAGCUGGACCAUUCCAGAGGUGGCAGGACCAUGUCUCUGGCUGUCCUAGCCAGAAGGCCCCACCUGCCUUUCCAAAGGCCUGGUGGAAGGAGCUGA